CUGAUAGACGGCACUGACUGGCAUCACUGCUGGGCACUGACUGGCGGCACUGACUGGCACAACCGCUGGGCACUGACUGGUGGCACUGACUGGCAGCACUGCUGGGCUGCACUGGUGGGUGGCACUGGUGGGUGGGCACUGGUGGGUGGGCACAGGUGGGUGCACUGCUGGGCACAGGUGGGCGGAACUUGCGGGUGGAACUGCUGGGCACCGAUCAUCAGGGCACUGAUCAUCAGUGCCCUGAUGAUCGGUGCCGAUCCCCGCUCUGACAACUGCCGGUUCUCGGCAGUACUUUCCUCACGAUCUGACAGCGUGAGGAAAGUGCAGCCGAGAACCGGCACUUGC